CAAAAACGGAGAUAACAACGUGAGAAAAAAAUCGCUUAUUUAUGUGGAUAAUGCAUUGUUUUGAAGUGAAAGUGGAUGAGUAGUUGAUCCUGCUCGACGUGCCCUGCUGUUUUUAUUCUUAAUCCUCAUUUGCAGAAUUCGUGGAAAGAAAAGUUUCCCUCAAUAGUAAGAUUUGCUUCGAAUGAUCUGAAGUUCUUUGGUGUUCACCAUGAAAGUCUAGUUCAACUACAACAAUUUCAAUAUGGGCGAAAGUUCUUACAUCGGCACCGGCCGCUCAGGAGGGAUUGGUAUAACGCAGAUCAUCGUUGGCGAAGAUGCGUGGGCCAAUGUGCCGAUCGGGGACGGUGGCGACUCGAUUGGAACGGGAGGUGGAGGGGAAGGCGAGCACGGGCCUCUUCAUAUCGAGGCGGAGGAAUCGUCGUCCGGAGACGAGAAAAAUCCCAACAAGGUAAAGAGGCGGCUUACAGGCGCGCUGAAAGAAUAUGACAUUGGGGACUUGUUCAAGCGGCUCGGAGUCGGAUUCGAGUGUCCUGAGUACGCUUUGGACGAGAAUAUCGACAACUGCGAUCUGGCGGGCCGCUUCGACGUGUCGCCCUUUCGGUUGAACUCCCUCCAUAAGGAGAUAGACGCGGAUGGUGAUGGGAACAUCACGCCAGCUGAGUUCUCGAAAUGUCUUGCGGUUCUUGGAAUGCGACUCCGCCACGUGGGCCAGCCAGGGGGCACUCCGAAGGAUGCGUCGCCACCAACGAAACCGGAUCCACGUGUCACGAGAACCGGCGAAGGGAGUGAUUUUUGUACCUCCGCACUAGAUUCUCGACCUACAUUAACUAGCCUACCUGAGGUGAAGGAGCGGAGCGUGUCUCGUGCGAGCGGGGCGUCGCGAGAGAGGGAGAGCAGCCGCAUUCCGGAGAUGGUGUGGCGCGAAUUCCUGCAUAAUGCAGUUGCUGGGCCUGAAGAUUUCGGACUUCGUGGCUUCAAGCGAAUCGUGCGUUUUCUCUUCCUAGAAUUGCUUUUACACGACCAUCUACAGGAAGAGGUUUUGGCAGCACACGGCUGCGGGUACAGUUUUAGCUGCAUCGACUACGACGCAGAGAGCAUCCACAGAACGCGCGUGGUGGACUCCCUUGUGGAGGGCGACGAAAUCUCGGGCCAACACGUGGCGGUGCCCAGCAGCAGCCGACAUUCGGUGCACUUAACUUCAUCCCACCGUUUCAGCCGGCGUACGAGUCGUGGUUUCUUCUUCGAGAAUACUAACGCAAGUACGCGAGAUUCCACUUCUGGUAGUGCUGGGCCGCCGUCCGCUCUGGUGUCCGGCCAGGAGGCUUCUGCCGAGGCCGCGACGACGGGGAGCAGCAAGGAGAACAACAAGCGGGUGACGUGGAUCUCUAUGUCGAGAGCGGGCAGCGACAUGGGCUGCCGGUUAGCUAUGCUGCGCAUUGGUGUGAAGUUCAACUUGCACCCACUGGCGGUGGAGAGCGCUCUCUCACUGGGGAGCGAGCCCGUUACGGGCCGCAUGACGCGCUACACACACAAGAUGCACGACAUUGCGGACCUCAGCUACGACGAAGACGCGCACGCCGCAAAAGAGGGUCACGGCGAGCAGUGGUACGUUGCUUUGCCACUGUUUCGGCUUUCGCACCGCUCCGAAGCCAGUCUGCUAGCUUACGAAGAGCAACUGGAGCAGAACAAGGCCAUUGCCCGCAACAAAAGGAACUCAGCGAAAAAGAACGGCGCGAAGAACAAAAACGAUAACACACUCGGUGAAGACUCGGAUGAUCAAGACAGAGGUAGCAUGAUGAGCACCUUUUCGACUCCAAGUUUCAUUGGGGACGGGAAUUUUUUGAGUAUGGUGCCGACUGGAAUCAGAGAUAGUCUGCGGGGUGCCUCGUCUUCGGCUUCAGCAGGGACAUUUGUGUCGUCGCCAUCAACAAACGCGGAUGCGCAUCCUAUUGCGCUGGCGGCAGAAAGUCGCAGCAGCGGGCUAAAGAGUCGCGCAUCAGCACGCGUCGCGAACGGGCAGCGGCGAACACUGCUGGACGAUGAUCACCUUGUUCCGCCAGGCCCGCAUCCAAACCAAGCUUUACGGCACCUAGGGUUCCUGGUUAACGUAGUCCCGUUAAUUAGGUUCCUGCUUGCGAUCAAUAUCGAGACCGAUGCUGCUACUACGACAUUCAUAAUGAGCGAUAUUCUCAGGAGUUUACUACACGUGUUGACACGUGAUAUACAUAGUAAAGAGAGUAUCUAUGUAAGAACUGUUUACAACAUAGAUUGAGAUGAUACAGUUACAAGGUAGAUGAGAAUUCUCUUUCCUCCAGUGUGUCGUCUGAAUUCGUUUUUCAUACGUUGGUAGAUCUGUCUGGCCUGACUCUCUAAAAAUCGUUUUUUUAACUGACUUACUCUAAUUUCAGUGUGCGUACAUUAUUUCUAAGAAAUGUCGCACCCAACCAGUCGUUCGCCCAAAGCACGCAGGGUUUUGUGAACCAAGCAGGCGGCUACGCGAGGUCGUUGGUGAAGACGGUUGCAGGGUUUCAGUCACAACCGAUUCACAGCCUGCAGAUCGAGGUGGAGCGAUCCAGUCUAGGGCUCUUCAUUGCCGGGAAGCCGGACUUCGACACAUUAAUUAGUGUUACCACAGAAUGGCAAAAAACGCGAAUCAACUUCAAUUAUGAGCUGAUAAGAUCUGUAAAGUCGUGAAGUAACACUUCGCCUUAUGAUUCUUUUUGAUACCCAGUGAGAAGUGCAAACCUUCUGCUGAACUAGGCUUUCACUUUCCAUUGACCUGAGAAAAUAUAAGUUAUCGUACAAGUAGCAGUUGACUGCUCACGUCUUGAACAUCGUGACAACUAUCAUAAUGACAUCAUGAUGAAGCAACAUGACGACUGGUGUCCCUGUUUCUUCUAAGUUGGAGGCAUCGACUUUGCGCCGGCGGAUCCAGAAAAGAGAUCAAAAAAGAGAGGAGGUCGCGUUAAAGCUCCAGACUCUGAAGAUGAGGCGCCGAAAGCGAAAGGAGAAAAUGCGAAGGAUGCGACGGACAGCAGUGUGGAUUUUUCAGAGGAAGCCGAAGUGCGGGUUGAGGAAGGCGCACGCUCGUCGUCCUCAAGCGAUACUCUCGGGGAAGUGGAUGAACCGGAGGAGGGUCAGGAACCCGCUCUAUCGCAGCCAGUCGCGACGCUAAAUACGAAGCCACUAGAGCAGAUGGAGACUGCUUUUGGUUCAGCGAGCAAGAAAAAAGAGACGAAGAUGAAUGCAGCCUUCAGCCGAGUACCCGCGAUGCUCGAAACAGAAUACUCAAGUGUGAGACAGUUAUGAUUCGAAGAUGAAAAGUAGCACGCAACACACCAUUAUAUUCCCUAAAACACCCACCUCCAAUCUUUGUAGCCUCGUACUAUAAAAUCUUCUUUUAUAUCAUUUAACAUUUACUUGUUCAACUCAACCAUGCUAAAAAUUCACGCUCAUUGAUAGAGGUUCUCGCUGCCCUCAACUUGCUUGCAGGUGUCGUCUAAUGUAAGGCAAUGUUGACUGGCUUGCACACUCGGUUCUGGACGCUUGCGUGGAAAAGAUGCUGCCUAUUGCACAGGUGUUUGAAGCGCAACUCGCGGCUACCAGUACUAGGUUGCAUGCACUUGAGGACCGGUUGCCUUCAUCCGAAGUGAAGAGCCUGAUUCUGCUGAAACGACACCUAGAGUGGUUAGAAUCUGAAAUGCGGCCCCUGACCCGGGUGUUGCGGCAGAUGAUUGCGAGUGCCGCUGGAUCCCCCGAGUUACAGAGAUACGUCGAAGACGCCGAGGACAACCUGAAUGGUUUGCUAAUGCAGUUAGCGGCGCAAAGUCGAGAAUGCCUAUCCCUGAAAGAAGAGCACGAAACCUACGUAGAUCGAAGGCAGAACCGCGUCUUGUACUUAUGUCUCAUCACAAAAUGUAGAAGUGGUGCGUAUUGCUACUGGAAUCACUGUGUAGUUUAUCCUUAUGUUUUGUUUUCCUUGAGGGCGAAAGUGAAAAAGUCCCAGCGUACUAUCUUACGUUAUGCUAUGCAGUGAAAAAUAACUCGGCUACUCAUCAUCAUACUUGAUUACCAUCACCUCCCGCUUCGUGGCUCCUCUUCUAAUGGCUUCGUUGACAAUGGUGACGGCGAUCUUCAUGCCGCUACAAGCAUUUGCGGGUUAUUUUGGUAUGAAUUUUCAGACCAAAGAUGACGUCGACGGGUGGAUUCAAGCGGAUCCUGUAUUGCAACUGGGAACGUGGGGUCUAGUUGUCUUUUGGUCUACAGUGACACUUUCCACUUUCGGCUUGUUGUACCUAGUAGGCAGACAGGCGAAAUGGUUUUGA